AGCCGCCAUUGUGUAAAUAUCGAAUGCGAGUUGAGUUGAUGAGUCGCUUUUGUCGCGCCUAAUUUACAGAAUUUUCCGAAUUUCCCAGUUUGAGCUAGUGAAUUAACUUCAGCAUGUUCUUUAACAGUUAAAUUUAUCGACUGUUGGCUUAAAAGGGAGAAUAACUGUCUAAAAAACUGCCCUAAUGUUGCGGAUGAGAAGGUAACCUCUUCUGUUACUCGGAGAAAUCUCUGUGUAAAACGAUGAGUAAACGAAGAAGGCCUUGUUCGUUGCCUGUUUAUGCAGAGGAAGACUCACUUGAUGGUGAUGAGGCCUCUACCAGCGGUGGACCACCGGCCAAUAAACGAAGGAAACUCUUUGACCCAAUCGAAAUAUGCCAGCAACUCGUCGAACUUCUGCGUAACCGUAAAAAACCCGAUGGUACAUUAUUAAGCGAAUCUUUCAUUCGAAUACCGAAACGUAGACAGGAACCAGCCUACUACGAUGUCGUCUCGAAUCCCAUUGAUCUCAUUAAGGUGCAGCAGAAGCUCAAGAUGGACGAGUACGAAGACGUCGAGGACCUCCAAGCCGACGUCGAGCUGAUGGUGGAUAACGCAAAGGCCUUUUACAAGAGGAACACCCAGGAAUACAAGGAUGCCGUAGAGUUGUUGGAGUUGUUUUAUUCGAAUAAAAAUAGGCUCCUGCAGGAACCCGCAACGAAGAAACCAAUCCCUAACAACAAGCGACGAUCGAAUAACAACAACAAUAACGGAACGAAAACCCCUUCACCGAGACCUCCGGAUCGUCGCCCGCUUAGAAACAAACCCAAAACACCCUACACACCGAACAACACCACCAGGAGAAGAAAGCUAGUCGAACGCACCCCCAGCUCCUCUUCGGCGAGUUCUUCAGAAGAAGAAGAAGAAGAAGAAGAAGAAGAAGAAAACGAAGAGUCCAGCGAACGAGACACUGAUGGAGAAAGCGCCAGCGAUGAAGAAGACGAUUCCUGUCCGUUCGAAGAACUCAUGGAGGCCGUCAUGGAAGCCAGAGACGAGCACAGGAAGUUACUCCAUCCACCGUUCCAGCUGUUACCCUCCAGAAAGAAGUAUCCGGAUUACUACGAGGUGGUGGAGCAGCCGGUAGAUUUGAAAAUGGUCACCAACAAGAUCACGAGAGGACGGUACAAGUUUCUGUUCGAACUCGAAAAGGAUCUGUUGCUGAUGUGCAAGAACGCCUGCUUGUACAACGAGCCCGGCUCGCAGAUCUACAAGCAAGCCAAAGCUUUGCGGAAGUUUGUGCAAGCGAAGCGCGUCGAAAUCGACACCAGACGGGGCACGUUGCCCAUCAUGGCGACCCCGAAUUCGCGCAACAACACCAACAAAACCGCCGGCUCGAACCGGACGAGCCUCAAUUCGAGCCGCACCGGCUCGAACUCGCGCUCGUUCAAAUCGAGCCGAUCGCCGAGCGUGACGCGCAGCGCCAGCGUCACGCCCGUGUCGCUCGCCGCCGGCCGCAAUUCGCUCAAUUCGCGCCACAAUUCGAGCCUCAAUCGCGGCGCCGGCGUGCGCGUGUACAGGAACAACAACAGGAGCAGCGCGACGCCGUCGCCGGCGCCGUCGCCGCUGCGCGAGCGCGACGGGUUCAAUUUGCGGAACAAGAGGACGCCGCGCAGCUUCAAGGAUCAGGAUUCCGAUUUCGAGUUGGAUCAGGACGAGUUUUACGAUCCUUCGGAUCCGCAUUGGAGGUUGUUCGAGACGGUUCGCUCGGCUACGGGGUACAACGGAACGAUGAUGUCCGAGCCGUUUCGAAGGCUGCCCUCCAGGAAAUCCUAUCCGGACUAUUACAAGGAGAUCAAGAAUCCGAUUUGCCUGGAUCAGAUCCGGCGGAAGCUAGUCAAGAAGGGUUACGGUAAUUUGAGCGAAUUGGCUGGAGAUUUGACGAUCAUGUUCGAAAAUGCCAAGAAGUACAACGUGCCUACCUCUAAAUUAUACAAGGACGCCGUGAAGCUUCAGAAACUGAUGCAAACCAAAGUUGAAGAGCUGCUCGACGUCGAUCAGUUGUUUACGGAAAAAGAGCUCAUUCGCCGGAAACCUGGUCCUAAACCUAAAUACACAUCGCCAAUGCCCAGAGGUCGACCUCCCAAGGAUCCUGCAUUAGUGAAGAAGAGAUUACACAUGCUAGCUAAAUACAUGUUGGAUUAUACAACGGAAGACGGCCGAAAACCCAUGCUCGCCUUCAUCGAAAAACCCUCCAGGAAGCUGUACCCGGCCUACUACGACGUCAUCGCCGAGCCCAUCGACUUCCUGGAGAUCGAGCGAAAGAUCAAGAGCGAACAAUACGCGAACGUGGGCGAGUUGGUCGACGAUUUUCGAUUGAUGUUCGCCAAUUGCAGGCAAUUCAACGAGGAAAACUCGCCCAUAUACGAGGACGCCAAUCUCCUCGAACGGUACCUACUCGACGAGGUCGAAACCUGGAAAAGGGGCAACUCGAGCGGGAGGACUGCCGACAGACAGAGGAGGGAGCGCGUCGUGCUCAAACCGUACAAACCGCGUAGGAUCAUUUCGCCGCUCGAAAAAUCGCUCAAACAGCUCUACGAAUCGAUACGGUACUACCGCCAUCCGACCGACGAUCGCCUGCUCUCUCCGGCCUUCAUGAAGCUACCCUCGAAGCUGGAUUAUCCGGACUACUACGAGGUCAUACCGAAUCCCAUCGAUUUGGAUCGAAUCGAUCGCAAAAACAAAGCCGGCGAAUACCAAUCGAUCGACGAUAUGGCCACCGAUUUGGCCCUCUUGCUCGACAACGCCUGCAGGUACAACGAGCCCGGCUCGCAGCUCUACAAAGACGCCCUGACGCUGCGCAGGCAGCUGUUCAACACCAAAAUGCAGCUGCAGCUGAAAGAAGACGAGAACGCUGUACCCGACGUGGCCUUCAUCGUACAGGACGUGCUGUUGACGUUAUUCGCUAACGUUUACGGUUACCAAGACGAGAGAGGGCGCUGCUGCUCGGAUUCCAUGGCCGACUUACCGGAACACGAUAUCAUAGAAGGCGUUAGGACGAGAGCGCUGUCUCUCGAUCUCAUCAAACGUCGCCUGGACAAGGGCCUGUACAAGCGUCUCGACGCCUUCCAGGAGGACUUCUUCGCCUGCAUGGAACGAGCUCGACGUCUCUCGCGUACCGAUUCUCAAGUAUUCCAAGACGCCGUGGAAUUGCAGCUCUAUUUCAUCAAACAGCGAGACGAGCUGUGCAACAACGGCGAUCUCUUAUCAUCGCCGGCUCUAAUCUACACGGAAAUCGACGCUAAGGCUUCGAUAGACGAUAUCAGAGCCGAGAAGGCCAUGAAAGAAUCUUUAUCGUUAAUAGACGAAGAAGAGCCGGACACUCCGUCGAGAUCGUCUUCGGAGAAUUCUAUACUAAUUGGGCAAAAAGACGAGGAAAGUAACACGAAUCCCAUCAGUACAAACAAGGACGACGAGAACUCCGUAGAGAGUUCGAUUGUUUCAAUGGAAUCAGUUCGAAACGAAGAAAGUAAUACUAGUAAAAAAGGUAGUGAAGAUAACAAUACAAAGCAAGCGGAAAGUAAAGUUGAGAACAAUGCGAAUAAUACGAAAGAAUGCGAAAGUAAAAAUAAGGAGGAGAAUGCAAAUGAUGAUAAAGAAUGCGAAAAGAGCGUAGAUAUAAAAGAGACUGAAGAAAAUAGUUCGACGAAUAAAAUUAAUAGUGUAGAGGAGCCAGAAAAAAGUAAAAAUCAAGAGUGCAACGGCUCCAACUCAAGUGAAUCUAGUGUAUUAUUAGCUACUAACAAAGACGAUGCCCUAGUGAAUAAAGACAGUAAAUCACCACCGCCCGGAGGUGUUGUUAGCGAACCUAGUGAACUUCCUAGUGAACAAUCAUCGAAUAACAGUGAUCAAGUCGAUUAUAGGAUAGGUGAUUUCGUCUACGUGAAUUCGUCCGAAACCAAAGAAGGUGACGCGGGACUGGAAGGGGUGAAAGAAGAAGAGAAAGAAUGGGGGAUCGUGUGUAUAGAAAGGUUGUGGACGAGCGGAGGGACUAAAAUGAUGUACGGGAAUAGAUAUUUCAGGCCCGACGAGACCUAUCACUUGUCAACUAGGAGGUUUUUGGAGAAGGAGGUGUUCAAAUCGGACAAGCAUGCUUCGUUGGGGUUGGACGAAAUAGUGGGAAAGUGUUGCGUUGUGCAUGUUAAGCAGUAUUUUACAAUGAAACCAGAGGGUUACGAUGAGAAAGACGUGUAUGUUUGUGAGUCCAGAUAUCGCACGAGGUCGCGAACGUUUAAGAAAAUUAAAAUCUAUCCAGAAAAUCCGACGAUUAAAUUGGUGCCCAGGGAAGUGCCAUUGUCUGCGAAACGAGUGAUAUCUGUGUUUCGGGAACGAGUAGAAAAACACAAGGAUGAGCUGCAGGAAUUGGAAGACCUGGAGAAGAUGGUAGAAAAAGAAAAGCCUAAUGUAAUGGCCUACAACAACAUGGACAUCGACGAUGGUAAUACAUAUUACGAACAAUUCAAUACUGUAUGCUCUGGUGUAAUCAAAACCGGUGAUUACGUUUACGUCGUUGCCGAUGGUGGUAAACAAGUCGUAGCGCAAAUAGACAGUAUUUGGGAAACUAAGGAUGGGAAAUGUUACUUUCGAGGACCUUGGUUCAUUUCGCCUUCAGAAGUUCCCCACAACCCCAACCGGAUGUUCUACAAGAACGAGAUAUUUCUAUCGAGUCUAGAAGAUGUCAGCCCUAUCGUCAGUAUUAUUGGAAGGUGUCACGUUUUGGAGUUGAACGACUGGGUCAUAUAUCGUCCCACCGAGAUUCCGGAAUGCGACGUUUUCAUCUGCACGUCCGCCUACGAUGAAAUCAACAGGCAGUUGAAAAGGUUGCCAGCAGGAGGCCUAAAGAAGUACACUCACAGCCCGCUGGUCACCGAAGAUGAGAUUUACUUCUUCAAAAGGGCGCUUAUCCCGCCAAAGGUAAGCUUUCAGAAAUCGAACAAAAACAAAGUGGUGACGGGUUACAUCCUGUAUUCGAGAGAGGUGCGCAAGCAAGUGGUCCAGAACAAUCCGGAAUCGACGUUCGGAGACAUCAGUCGCAUAGUGGGCAGCGAAUGGAAAUCGUUGCCGCAAACCGAGAAGCAACACUGGGAGGAAAAGGCAUCGAAAUUGAACGAGGAAACGAAGGCUUUGCUGCUGCUGGAGCAGGAGCAAUGCGGCAGUCCCGCGCCCGCUCCACCGCCGCCCGAUCAAAUAUUCGAGUGUCUUUGGGACAACUGCGACUACCAGUUCGAAGAGGCUUCGGAUCUGAUCGAUCACUGCAUCAAGGACAAGGAUACGCACGGGCACGUGCAGGCCUUUUACCAAGAGAACGCCGGCGCGGAUUUUAACUGUCACUGGCGCAACUGCAACAGGGUGAAGAAGAACCUGCAGCCCUUUCCGAGCAUCACCAGGUUGAUCAGGCACGUGAGGGAUAUGCACAUUAAUAAAGGCAACGGACGCAGCGUCGCCCCUGAAAAUAGGAGCAAGAACUUCAAGCCCUCCAGUAAGCCUCCGCCCGCUCGACCGACUUCUUCUACUUCCUCCUCUGCUACUCCCAAUGCUACCGCAACUAGUACGUUCAACACGAGCAAUGGGAUUGUUUCUUCGAAUUUGACAGUUUCUUCGACCAACGUGCUAUCGCCUAACGGUCAGAAACCCCAGGAGCCGAUGUUCGUAUCAGUACCUCCACGUCCUCAACGGGUACUCCAUUCUGAAGCGUACAUAAAGUAUAUAGAGGGUCUGACGACGGAGAACAAGCACUUGAGCCAAUGGGAGCGCACGCUGCACGCGUCCCAAGAGAACGCCCCUGAACCGGACUCUGAGAAAUUGAAGCAGGUUGCCCAAUGGUUGGGACGCAAGACCGAUCAACAUGACAACGUCGUGGCCGCACUUUGGACGCUCAGAAACCAAUUGUUGAAAGACACUUUGAGUUUACACAAGACUUUGUAAAAUAAUUAAGUUUUUAAGAGUUGAAGACUUUGUACAAUGUGAAUAAAAGAAGAGAAAUCUCUAAUUAUUAUAUUAAUAAUGGUUGCAUAAUGAGUUGAUGAUUGAUAUUGACUAUGUAAAAAUUUUUGAUGUAUUCGAUAUAAGUUUGUAUUGUUGUUGAUACACUUUAGUUUUAUUUUUAUUUUUUUCGAGCGUGAAAAUUUACUUUUAAUUGUUAUUACUAUUAUUAUUAUUAUUAUAACUGAAUGGGUAUGUAUUAUUUUACAAUUUUGUAUAGAAAAAAAAAGUAUAUUGAAAUAUACGAUUUACAUAUAAAAUUAUCGUUCUAUUUU